AUGAGCGGCGGACGAGGGCGAGGCGGCGGCUCGACGUCAAUGGUCAGCAAGGUGGCCUCGGCGCUCGGCAUCGCCCGCUACGACAUGCGCAACUACUGCCAGCCGGCCAGAACCGAGCCCCCACCCCUGUUCCCGCCAUUAUCCCACAGCGUGCCGGCGCUACCCGAAUCUGAUCGCCGUGACUACAUCGUCGCCUCCAAGAGGGUGAUCAUAGACCGGUUUCGACAAAGCCCCUUCUACCUCGAGGAAGCCGUUGACGAUGUGGACAUCAAGCGCUACACGGACACGUACCGACAACAUGGGAGACCGAAAUUGGAGCCCGUCUGGUCCCGACUGCCCGAGGAACUCUGCUGGCAAAAGAAGGGUGCUGAGAGGUCAACGGCAAAGCGAAGAAAGGUAAGCUAUCUGACGCUCACUGCUAACCAUUUUAAUUUUUGGGUGGAGGACGCCGUCUCCGAACUCGUCAACGCGAAGCUGGCCGGCCUGCGCGAAGUCGGCGAGGACGAGGAGAAGGCGGUUGAAGCGGAAGACACGUCCGACGUGGAAGACGAGGAGGGCCAAGAGAAAGAAGGCGACGAGCCGGUGUCUGAAGACGAUCUCGAGGAGGAUAACGACUACGCGCAAGAUUAUUUCGACAAUGGCGAGGGUUACGGCGGCGGCUCUGACGAUGAUUUGGACGUCGACGGCGACGUG